UUCCUCCGGCUUCACACCGCGGAAUCUCUCAGGUGUUUUGAUGAAGUGUCAUGGAGGCUGUUAGGCACCAGCACUGCUGACGGGUUUGUCACUGUCUAAAUCCUGCUUCUAAUCUCUCAAUCUCACUGUCAGCUCCUCUAGUGUAAAGGUUGACAGCCAGUAAAAUCAUGGAGUCCAUGCUCAAUAAACUAAAGAGCACCGUCACCAAGGUGACGGCUGACAUGACCAGUGCUGUCAUGGGCAACCCUGUCACGCGGGAGUUUGAGGUGGGCCGACAUAUCGCCAGCGGGGGUCCAGGAAUGAGCUGGAGGAUCUACAAUGGCACCAAAAAAUCCACCAAACAGGAAGUGGCAGUCUUUGUGUUCGAUAAGAAGGUCAUUGAUCGCUAUCAGAAGUUUGAGAAGGAUCAGAUCAUUGAUUCACUGAAGAAAGGAGUUCAGCAGCUGACCCGGUUACGACAUCCGCGUCUCCUCACAGUACAGCACCCACUGGAGGAGUCCAGAGACUGUCUGGCGUUCUGCACUGAGCCCGUGUUCGCCAGUCUAGCGAAUGUGCUCGGCCAGUGGGACAACCUCCCUAGUCCUGUUCCCACAGACAUCAAAGAAUACAAACUCUAUGACGUUGAGACCAAAUACGGCUUACUGCAGGUCUCAGAGGGUUUGUCGUUCCUUCACAGUGGGGUUAAAAUGGUUCAUGGUAACUUGUGUGCAGAGAACAUCAUCUUGAAUAAGAGCGGAGCCUGGAAGAUCAUGGGCUUUGACUUCAGUAUCUCCUCUAGUAACCCGUCUGACGCUGAGCCCAAGUAUGUUUGUAAAGAGUGGGACCCCAAUCUCUCGCCUCUCUGCCUCCCGAACCCAGAAUAUGUCGCUCCUGAGUACAUCCUGUCCGUCAGCUGUGACGUGGCUUCUGAUAUGUACUCCCUGGGCGUGUUGAUCCACGCCGUGUUCAAUGAAGGCAAGCCCGUCUUUAAGGUCAACAAGCAGGACAUAUUCAAGAGCUUCAGCCGACAACUGGACCAGCUGAGCCAUCUAAGUCCAGGAGUAUUGAGUCAGAUCCCAGAGGAGGUCAGGGAUCAUGUGAAGAUGUUGCUCAACGUCACCUCCAACUUGCGUCCAGACGCAGAUCAGAUGACGAAGAUUCCCUUCUUCGAUGAUGUUGGAGCGAUGACCCUUCAGUACUUUGACUCGCUUUUCCAGCGGGACAACUUACAGAAGUCUCAGUUCUACAGAGGUCUCCCAAAAGUUCUGCCCAAGUUGCCCAAGAGAGUGGUAAUAUAUAGAAUCCUCCCGGCACUCACGUCUGAGUUUGUGAACCCCGACAUGGUUCCGUUUGUUCUUCCAAAUGUGCUGCUCAUCGCUGAGGAGUGCACAAAGGAGGAAUACGUCCGCCUCGUUCUCCCAGACCUCACCCCAGUUUUCAAACAGCAGGAGCCGGUACAGGCCAGCAACAUGAUCCUGCUGAUAUUUCUACAAAAGAUGGACCUACUUUUGACCAAAACGCCUCCUGAAGACAUCAAGAACAGUGUUCUGCCCAUGGUGUACAGAGCAGUGGAGGCCCCCUCUACUCAAAUACAGGAACUUUGUCUGAAUAUCAUUCCCACGUUUGCCAAUCUAAUCGAGUACCCAUCUAUGAAGAAUGCACUUAUCCCUCGUAUCAAAUCUGCCUGUUUACAGACAUCCUCACUAGCGGUGAGGGUGAACUCUUUGGUGUGCCUAGGCAAGAUCCUGGAAUACCUGGAUAAAUGGUUCGUCAUUGAUGAAAUUCUACCAUUCCUGCAACAAAUUCCAUCCAAGGAACCAGCUGUGCUCAUGGGCAUUUUGGGCAUCUACAAGUGCACUUUCACCCAUAAGAAACUGGGCAUCCCAAAAGAGCACCUGGCUGGAAAGAGUUUACCACAUCUGGUGUCACUUAGUAUUGAUAACAACCUUAACCUUAACCAGUUUAACUCUUUCAUGGCUGUGAUCAAGGAAAUGUUGAAUCGCAUGGAGGCAGAGCAUAAGACCAAAUUAGAGCAGUUGCACAUCAUGCAAGAGCAGCAAAGGAGUUUAAACAUUACAAACCACAUGAACCAAUCAGAAGAGACUAAGAACACACCCAGCCCAGCCACACAAGUCAGAAAUAUCGAUGAGAUCUUUGGUGGCAGUUCAGGAAGUGCAGGUGUGAAUGGUAAAGAGAGCGGUUCCUCAUCAGCUAUUUCACAACCCUCACGAGUGUCUCUCACCUUGGAAGAAAAGCAGCGUUUGGCUAAAGAACAGGAACAGGCUGCCAAACUAAGAAGCCAGCAGCCACUAGCUCCACAGAGCAUCAAACCAGCCACAACGACACCUCAGGCGAAAGAUCUGACCAGCAGUCUUAUGAACACCAUGACAUCUGUGAACAACCUCUCUUUGAACUCUGGGACCAGAACGAUACCAAUGCAGGGCGGCACCAUAUCCUCUACCUUCCCAGCUGGACCCACUAUGGGUGGAAUGGGCACUAUGGGCAUCAGCAACGGUUUUAACUCGCCCAUGGGAUUCCAGACGGGAGGUAUGGGAAUGGGCAUGAGACCCGCUGCUCCUGGCCUUUAUGGAGGCAUGGCUACCACUACCAGCACUCCCAAUUUCAAUGCCCUCACCCAGAACCAAAACCAAAGCCAUCCCAGCAAGCCCACAGACAUGUCAGCCCUAGACUCCCUCUUCACUUAUAGCAAACCCAAAGUCAGUAUGAACCAAAUGGCCCCUAAACCGGCCCCAGGAGCCAUUGCACCUUCCCCAUGGCUCAGUCAGUUUGGUACAGGCCAACCUUCCCAGACUGCACCCAUGCAGGCGACUCCGAUGGGGAUGACGGGAGUUCAGGGUGGUUUUGGAAUGCAAGCAAACCCGUUCUUCAACCCUCAGAACUUCUCGCAACCUGUGGCCUCCUCAACAAUGAACACUGGGAUGAUGAAGCAAAGUGCUUCAGUCAACAACGAUCUUAAGGACCUCUUCGGAUAAAACAUUUUCCUUUCGUUCCCGUUCCCCCUUGUGUGGGAAUCAAAACGAAACAACAUCAGCAGCGAAGAUGACAGUCAAAAUUUGGUUGGACGGUUGGACAUGGUAUCCUUGAAAGAGUUUAAAACAGAUAUUCUGGUUUGUUUUGUCUUUUUUUUUUAGCCUUUAUCAAUGGUGAGCCUCCUGCAGACGGUCAAUUUAUCUCAUUGUGUGAAUCAAAAGCAGACAGCAGGCACCAAACAAACAUCAUGGGGCUCUUCUACUGAAACCUACUUCAGUCCUUGCAUUCGUUGUAUCGUUUGACUCAACAGUUGCACCAGAAAAGCGAUUCACUUAUAAAAGGAGUAACAAAUGGGAAUAACAAACUCAAGCACUUUUGGUUUCAUUUCCUUUUUGCUUGAGCCUCACGUUCACCUCGUGUCUGAAUGAGUCGACUUCCUCUACCAGAACAAACAUCAUCAAUGGCCUCAGGAUUUGCUGUUGUGCUGAUAGUGUCUCGCUAAAGGAAGUCUCUCAGUUGUGUUCUCCCUUCUCUGAUAUACAACAAUCAUGCGAGAAGUAAAGAAAGAGCUGGUGCAGUCCAUAAUUCGUGUUCUUUGUGUAUAUAUUGUAUCUGGUGACUGUUGUUUGAGUUUCAUUCUGAUUACAUGAUCCACUGAGGUAGAAUAUCUUAAAGGAAGAGCACUGUCUUCAAAUUGUAGAUGCACUAAAUGUAAUGGCGCUAAAAAAAAAAAACAACUGAAGGGUUUGAGAUGUUGUCAGUACUUUAAAGCGAGUUUGUUUAAAACUUCAUUCAUGAGACACCAAGCUGAUUUAUUUUUUGUGAAUUUGUUUGCUAAACUCUCUCUCUCUCUCGAAAAAAGGUAAUAUUUCAUCCCGAAAUCAAAAGACAAAGUCAAAUAUGCAAAAUUGCAGGGUAAAUCAUACGUUACUGUAAUACAAUAGUAAAAACCUUUUUUAAUCAACAUAUUUCUACAUUUAGCACAAUACUUAACUACUUUCAUCUUCCUAUGUACAAUUUUCAUUCUGUUAUAAUAAUAUUUUUUUUCUGUUACGGUAAUGAGAAUGAGUUAUUUUUUCACAUUAUGGGAAUGAGAAUGAUAUAAAAAUCUACACAUUAUGAGAAUGCGAACAUUUUUUCACUUUAUGGUAAUGAGAUUUUUUUUUUGUUUAUGUUUCAGAAUGAGAAUCGGUGGAAAAUUAGCUUAAUUGUCAAAAAUGUCAAUGUAUAAAGUUAAAAAUAGGCGUCUAUAUGCAAAAUAUACAAUUUGCGCAUUUAGAUUUGGGGAUAAAAUAUGCAUUUCCUAGAGCUAUUUUGAAAAAUUGCAGCUACAUAUGGUAUAUUGUAGUAUUAAAUUGAGUGCACCAUCUUGUAUACGACCAAGUUUUAAAAGAAGUGUGUGUUUCAUGAUUGAGGCUUCAUGCAUUUGUUUCCCUUUUGGCUCUCUACUGUUUUUUUAAACCUGUAUUAUCAUGUAAUUUUGUGUUUCUUGGGGACGUUACAGAUCAUGCCAUGGCGUUAAAUUUGGUCCAAUUUUUGUUGUUGUUGUUGUUGUUUUGUUUGUCUGUUUUUAUUUUAUGGGCAGUUUCCUGUUGUAGGAAAUUACCAUGUUAUUCCAUAUCAUGACCAAACAGACCGCUGCAACACAGCAAAUCACCAAAAUGUGUAUUAUUUCUGGAAAAAACAUGAAUGAAGUGUACAGUAUAUAGAGGUGAACUGCCACUUUUUUUUUAAUACUGUUGCAAGUGAAUCAUUUUCCUGAGGAGAAUCUUUAAUACCCAGACAGCUUUUAUUCAAAGGGAAUGCUUUUUCUGGUUUUAUGAAUGAGAGGCCUUAUGUGGAGAGUUGUGCAAUAACAGGUCUGUGAUGGAGAUUGUGAAAAUAACUUUCUAUGUGAGUGUUUCACUACAUCCAGUUUUCAGAUUGUCUAAAUUAAUGUAGAUAAAACAUCUGGAUUGUUUUAAUUUAAAAAAAAAAAAACUGGAUGGUUGGAAAUGUGAAAUGUGAUUUUUGAAUCGAAUAAAUUGAUUAUUUAAAGGGAAA